GCGGCUCCCGAGCGACGCGGCCGCGAGCCCCGGGGCGGACAGGCCGAGCGGGCGGGCGCGCGGGCUACGGCGGCCGGCAGGGGGCGGCGGUGGCCGCUGUGGAGCGUCCGGAGACUGGGUCGCGGGCCGCGGGCGCUGCCAGGCCGCCGGGCCACGACUCGGCCGCGGUGCGGGGCGGGCUGAGGUCAUGGGCGACCGCAGCGGCGCGAGCGGCUCCCGUCGCCGGAGGACGGGGUCGCGGCUCUCGAGCCAGGGCGGCAGCGGGCCCGCGGCUGCGGAAGAGGAGGUGUGGAGCGCGGCCGCGGGCCCCGACGUGGGCGCCGGGGGGGACUCGCCGGCCGCGUUCCCGGCCUCGGACAAGGACGAAGACGCCAGCGCAGGCAGCGGCCCCUGCGAGCUGAGCUGCCAUCGCCUGCAGGAUUCUUUGUUCAGCUCCAACAGUGGCUUCAGCAACUACCGUGGCAUUCUGAAUUGGUGUGUGGUGAUGCUGAUCUUGAGCAAUGCACGGUUAUUUUUGGAGAACCUCAUCAAGUAUGGCAUCCUGGUAGACCCCAUCCAGGUGGUGUCUCUGUUCCUGAAGGACCCCUACAGCUGGCCUGCCCCGUGCCUGGUUAUUGUGGCCAACGCCUUUGCUGUGGCUGCGUUCCAGGUCGAGAAGCGUCUGGCAGUGGGUGCUGUAACGGAGCAGGCGGGGCUGCUGCUGCACGUGGUCAACCUAGCCAUCGUUCUCUGCUUCCCGGCGGCCGUGGCCUUCCUGGUCGAGUCCAUCACUCCAGUGGGCUCCAUGCUGGCGCUGAUGGCCUACACCGUCCUGUUCCUCAAGCUUGUCUCCUACCGCGACGUCAACCUGUGGUGCCGCGAGCGCAGGGCCAAGGCCAAGGCUGGGGCUGGGAGGAAGGUCAGUGGGGCUGCUGCCGGGGCUGCUGCUCACACUGUGAGCUACCCGGACAACCUGACGUACCGCGAUCUAUACUACUUCCUCCUUGCCCCCACUUUGUGUUAUGAGCUCAACUUUCCCCGCUCCCCCCGCAUCCGGAAGCGCUUUCUGCUGCGGCGGCUCCUUGAGAUGCUGUUCUUCACUCAGCUCCAGGUGGGGCUGAUCCAGCAGUGGAUGGUCCCCACCAUCCAGAACUCCAUGAAGCCCUUCAAGGAUAUGGACUACUCCCGCAUCAUCGAGCGCCUCCUGAAGCUGGCGGUCCCCAACCACCUCAUCUGGCUCAUCUUCUUCUACUGGCUCUUCCACUCCUGCCUGAAUGCCGUGGCGGAGCUCAUGCAGUUUGGAGACCGGGAGUUCUAUCGAGACUGGUGGAACUCCGAGUCUGUCACCUACUUCUGGCAGAAUUGGAACAUCCCUGUGCACAAGUGGUGCAUCAGACAUUUCUACAAGCCCAUGGUGCGACGGGGCAGCAGCAAGUUUGUGGCCAGGAUGGGGGUGUUCCUGGCCUCGGCCUUCUUCCACGAGUACCUGGUGAGCAUCCCCCUGCGAAUGUUCCGCCUCUGGGCGUUCACAGGCAUGAUGGCUCAGAUCCCACUGGCCUGGAUCGUGAGCCGCUUCUUCCAGGGCAACUAUGGCAAUGCAGCCGUGUGGCUGACGCUCAUCAUCGGGCAGCCAAUGGCAGUGCUUAUGUAUGUCCAUGACUACUACGUGCUCAACUACGAGGCUCCAACAGCCGGGGCCUGAGCUGCCCCUGAGGGCCCGGCCUCUUCACAGCUGCCUCAUUGCCCAUGGUCAGAGCCCGCCUUCCUUCCUCUGCUGGGCCAGUGCUGGAGGGGCCCUGGCUACCUGGUGCCUCUUCCUGCCCUGGGAGGCCUCUCUGCCCCUGUGGGGCUCCUCCUGCCCCCCUUGGGGAUAUAGACAGCAGACCACACACAGGCCGAUGCUGGCAGGAGGAGCCAGCGCUAGGGAGUCUUUACUGAUCCUGCCGCAGUGUGAGGGUGUAAUAAAGUGCUGUCCCAAGUGA